AUGGCCGACUUCAUGGAACAGGUACAGACUCUGCUGAAGAACUUGAGUGGAGAGUUGUUUCUGGUUGGCGGAGCCUUCGUGCUCCAGUUUUUCCUUUUCGGCAACGUGCUUUGGCCCUGGCGAAAGAAGGCCAAGGGCAAGGCAUCGAAAAAGCUCGAUCCAUCAACUCCAACCAGACAAGAGGUUGAUCAUAUUCUUGAGGCCACAACCGCUGCCUUCGAACAAGGAGACCACCGUACAGUCCUUCGGAAGUGGGGCACCUUGCAGAGGGCUGGUGAUGUACCUGCGCAAACUUUGGUGCAGGUGGUGGAGUCUAUGCAAAGACUCAGGAAGGACCGAACCUUCAUUCUCGCAGAGGUGAAGGGGCUGGUGUUGAAAAGUGCCACAGCUCGAUCUGUAGACUACAUGAAUGACCUUUUGACACCUCUAACAAAAUCACUUGAUUCCGGGCUGAUCUCCAGCUUGCUUGGUGUGUUCUCUAAAGUGGGCGUGGAACCCGAUAGCAGGACCUACGACAUCCUGAUGCAUUUGCACUUCGCAACGCGAAGCUUUGAGGAGGUGAAAGACUUGGCGAAGCACAUGCGCGAGGCUGGCUUAAAGCCAACACAGCGGGCCAAACUGGUGAUGCUCAAGACCUACUUACAGGAGGGCUGCCUCAGUGAGGCCUUGCAAUGCUAUGCGGAGCUGCCUGAGCUGCCGAAACACGUGGCCACACAGCUGGUGGAGAUUGCCUGCCGUGACAGGCGCUUGGAUGAGGUGCUGCCCAAAUUGGAAUCUUUGCAAAUUCCCAUGACGACUGACUCACUGAAUCUGAUGCUGAAUGAAUCUAUCCGAAGUGGGCAACCCGAAGUCGCUAAGAAGGCGUUGGAGCUUGCACAACAGCAGCAGGUGGAAAAGAAUAGCCGCACCUACAGCUUGCUGGUGCGUUCCGAAAAAGAUGCGAAAGAAGUCCGUCGCCUUCUAGAAGAGGUCAGUGCUGCAGGCCAGGUGGAUGCCAUGAUGUCGCAAGCUGUCUUGGAAGUGUGCACCAAGACAGGUGAUGUUCAGCUGGCUGAACGACUUUCAGAGAUGUUAAAACCCGAGGAGGGUAACCAGGCUCCCGCUUUUAUGGCCUUGAUGCGCUUCUACGUGGAGGCUGGCAGACCUGAGAAGGCCUUGGAGCUCUACGAUACCCUGACAGAGAAGAAGGACAAGGAUGGGAAACCGUCGCAAAGACCGCCCAUUGAUGGGCGAACCAAGCACUGUCUCCUCUCAGCUGCCAACACCCUCAAUCGACAGGACAUUGCUGAAGAGCUGAGUGAAGAUCCAACAAAAGGUGUCGCCAUGGUGCGUGGGUGGAGCAAGAACAAUGAUAUUGAUGGUGUCUUGAGCUUGUUGGAUGGUCCUGGCAAGCUGCCCAGCACGGCUUGGAAUAUUGCCCUGGACACGUGUGUAGAAAAUGGUGAGCUCGAGAAGGCGAAGAUGCUGGCAAAGCGAAUGAAGGAUGCAGGAGUCAUGGAUGCUGUGUCCUAUAACACAUUGAUCAAAGCCUAUGUGCGGCACAAUCUUUUCGACCAAGCCUGCGCCUUGUUGCUGACAAUGCGUCAGGAUCCUACACACAUGCCAAACACCGUGACCUACCAUGAGCUCAUCAGUGCACUCUUGAAAACCGGGAAGGAAAAUCACAGGACAAGAGCCUGGGAACUUGUCAAUGAGAUGAAGGAAGACCAAGUGAUGCCCAACAAGGCUUUGGUGUCCAACUUGCUGCGAAGCUUGAGGUCCAAGUCCCACAGUUCAGAGAUCAAUCGCGCCAUGCAGCUGGUGGAAACCAUCCAACACCAGGUGGACGAAGGCUUGCUUUGCACUGUCCUAGAAGCUGGGGUCCGUGUGGGCAAGGUCCAGCUGGUGCAGAAGAAGUUGAAGUGCUUCCAUGGCGAGGACGCAGAGUGCCCUGUAAAGAUCACUGGUGCUCACAGCUUUGGAUCGUUGAUCAAGGCAUAUGGUUUCGUCAAGGAUGUAGCUGGUGCAUGGAAUUGCUGGCGAGAGAUGUCCAUGCAACACCUCAAGCCCACGAACAUCACACUUGGGUGCAUGGUUGAGGCUGUCGCCAGCAAUGGAGAUGUGGAUGGUGCUCACGAACUCAUCCAAAGGCUCCUUGAAGAUAAGGAGACCAAGACCCAGGUGAAUGCGGUAAUCUACGGCUCCAUCCUGAAAGGCUUUAGUCGCAAGAAGCGAAUGGAUCGUGUCUGGGAUGCCUUCAAUGAGAUGAAGAUCCACGGCAUCACUCCAACUCUCAUGACUUUUAACGCCAUCAUGGACGGCUGUGUAAGAAAUGAAGAGAUGAGCAAGGUAACAGAACUUGUGCAAGAAAUGCGGCAGUACGGUCUGGAGCCAAAUCUAAUCACACACAGCACCAUGAUCAAGGGCUUCUGUGCAAGCGGCGACAUGCAGUCCGCAUUUGCCAUCUUUGAGCAGCUUCAGAAGGGACCUGAAAGCCCUGAUGAGGUCGUGUACAACACUCUUUUGGAUGGGUGCCUCAAGGCUGGCAUGGCUGAUGAAGGAGAACAGCUCUUGGAGGCCAUGAUGGCACAAGGAUUGCCGCCGAGCAUCUACACCUUGAGCGUGGUGGUGAAGCUGCUGGCCAAUGCCAAAAGAUUGGACAAGGCAUUCAGGUUGGCGGAGACAGCGUCUGCGCGUUUCCGGUUUCGCUUGGGGGCACAGCUGCAAACAGCUCUUCUGCAGGCCUGCAUCUCUUGCCGAGCGUUUGAGCGUGGUGCCCGGUUCUACUUGAAAACACACAAGGACCGAUUGUCUGCGGACAAAAAGAUUUGCCAGACGAUUCUCCGUGGCCUCCUGAGCUCCGGCAAGGCAGAGCUGGCGGGUGAAGUCUUGAGAUCUUUGUUGGGCCUCAACAGCACUUCUGAGGAAGUCAUCCAGCACCGAGCAACGCAGGAAAUUGAUGAGGCUUUGGUGGCUGAAGUGCUCAACGCUUUGUUGGAAAAGGGCAGCACCUGCCGACAUGCCCUCCAGCUCUACGACAAUUUGAAGGCAGUGAAGCCUCAAUUCCAAGUUGAUGCUGAUCUCAAAAGGAAGAUCAACGAAGCAACAAAAGGCCAUGGAAAAGGCCGCUAA